AUGGCAGCUGCAAUGAACUCCCUACAGCUCCUCGGCAACAGCUGGUUCUACGCGCCCUCCGGCUCCGCCGCCGCCGCUGCCGCCGCCAACGCUGGUGGGAGUGGGUCGAACCCGCUUGAGCUGCUGCGCACGCAUCACCUGUACGUGCGCACGCUGAAGACGCGCUGGCGCAACGCCGUUGUCUUCCUCUUUGCUUUUCUUUUCUUCUGCUGCUGCACCUUCCGUGGGCCACAGGCACCUGGACAGAGUGGUCAGCACACUCUUUUCGGCAGCAGUGGAAGCGGUGAUGGGGCUGGUGGCGGUAGUGGUGGUAGCAGUAACGGUGCAGGGGCGAUGGGACUGGGUGCGGGGGUAGCGGGGGGUCUUACCGGGGCUGGUGCAAUGGAGAACGUAGGGGCAGGGGACGACUUCACCGCCGCAGCAGCAGCAGAUGCGCAUCGUCGCUACUUCCAGCCGCCGUGGCUGCUGCGCGUGCUUCUCGGCUACACCGCCGUCCCUGGCCGGCUGGAAAUGGAAGACGUGGAGUGGUGGCCCCCGUCGAACCGCACACCAGAAAUCUCCGACCCGAACAGCGAGCAAGGGCUGCGCGUCGGGACGCCGAAUGCGGCCUCGCUCUCCGUCGCCCGCAGCGAGCCGCCGUGGUCGGCGGACACACGGACCGGCGUUCUCGCCAUCCUCUCUCGCCUCAUCGGGUCCGUGUCACACCUGGUGUUUACCCCCGAGCGGCCGUCAUACGAACUGGCGCUGAGCGCGUUCUCGCGCACCCGUCAAGCCAUGACGGAGGGCAGCUGUAACCGCUGUCAGGCCCGUGUGAUUGAGCAGGAGGUGCGCCUGGAGCGCCAGCGGUACUGGCAGUUUCUGCGCGAGAGCAAGCUACGGCUGCCGAUGCUUCUCUACUACAAUCGCCUCCCCGUCUACGCCAUGAUCCAGCACUUCCGUCUCAUGCGAGUACGGAACUACCAACUCUUGGAUUACGUCAGUCGCGCAGAUGCGGCGCUGCGACGACCGGAGACGGUCGGGAAUGACGUGUCGAACGACGCCGCCCUGCACGCGCGCGAGCUCGACUUUGAGCUGACGCGGCUGCCCUUUGUUUUUUACCUCCAGCGGCUGCACCUGCGCGCGUUGCGACACGCAGACGCGAUGCGGCUUGAGACGUUCCACUUCCUGCGGCACCUCAGCUCGACGGUGCCGACGCUGCGCCACAUUUGGACGGGUCAAGACCACUGCAGCUGGCCGGGCGUGUCCUGCGUGGUGGUGCGGGUGCCGCUGAACUUGUUGGUGGACGACGACCACCCCGCGGUGCGCGCCUUCGUGAACGAUCUCUUUUCGGUCUGUCGGGGCCCGGGUUGCCGACAGCGGCGGUGUGUGCCGCCGGCUUGUGCUGCCUACACUCAGUACCUAACACGGCGCCUCUUCACCUCAGCCGCGCCGGGGUAUUGGAUGAAGUGGGAUCGCACGGACGACACGGCGGCCAUGGACGAGAUGAUCUUCCCGAAGCCGACGGCGCGCAAGAACGUGGGCGUGGAGCCGCCAGCAACAGUAGCGGCCCCCCACCAGCCGCUGAACGGUGCUCGGGGCGCUCCUUGGCACGGCGCCUCAACGGGAAAUGCAGACGCGAUGAAGCCGGAAGAGAAGACGGCGGGACACGGCGAUGCCGGCUCCUACCCCGCCGGGCACGCCGGUCGCACCAUCACGAGCUCCUCCCGCACGGUCUGGACCGAGCAGCAGUUUGCGUACGAGCACCCAAGCCUGCUCCUGGCGGAGCCGAUGUUGCUGGUCGACGUCGAUGUGAAGGCGAUCAUGGAGGAGGUGGUCCGCCCCGCUACCCCCCUAGCAGAAGCGGCAAAGGUCGUGGCGGGCGAGCACGUCGACCCGGCCGAGACCUACCGCGAGAACGUCGAGCGGCCGCUGGUGGAGGAUCUGCUGCCGAUGCAAGAGAAGCUGCUGCGCACCAUCGCCGCGGCGGCGCCACGCGGGUUGCGCUUUGGCAAGCAGAGCCGCCGCAGUCCCGGUCUGACCAUCCCCUUCACCUUCGUGGCGCUGAACCUGCCGAGCAUGGGGUUGCGCGGCUACCUGCCCGACUUCUACGACACGCCAUCCGCCUACGAUGUUGCGGAGGUGCCGACGGCAGGCGGGGAGGGCGACGAGGCCGGCGGUAGGGGGGCCGGUACCCCACAAACGCACGGCAGUACGAACGGCGCGGGUGGUGGUGGUGCUGCUGCUGCCUCGGCUGCUCCAGGGCGCGCAGGUCGGCCGCAGGAUGUGCAGGUUUCCGUGCCGCGGUCGGACGUCUACUGGGGUCGCCCCUCCCGUCAGCGCAUGCUGGAGAGCCGCAACCCGACCCUCCGGCGCCCCCUCGCCACGGUGCAAGCCAUCGCUGGUGAGGUGCAGCGUGUGCUGCGCCGCGUGGAGAGGAUCGGGAUGCGGCACCACCACCACGACCUCGCCGUGUACUUCUCGGAGGUGGCGACGUUAGCGCGGUUUCACGAUGAGCGGUGGAGCGCCUAUCGCUGGCCGGAGGCGAUGAUCACCGUCACCAAGGCCGUCGCGCCGAGCGCGUCGCGGCAGCUGUACCCCAUCGUGGAGGACAACGCCUUCUCCGCCGCCUUCGCCACGCCCGUCUACAACGUAGACCGCCAAGUCGGGGUGUUUGGCGAGCUGAAUCCCCGCCUCAUCGCCCUACUCGCCUUCGACGUCUCAGGUAAUCCGCUGCUCUCGGGCAUCUUCCCUCGAACAUGGCUGUCGAUCCCGUUUCUGCAGUCGGUGCGCACCCACGGCGCGUCGGUGUUGGCCCCACCCCUGCGCAUGCGAACGCGCACGUACAACCACUCCCUCUACUGCUCACGUGGCAGCAGCGGCAACAGCAGCGGUGAGGCAGCGAACUUGCACGCGGCGGAUGCGCGACAGUCGCCGCGGUACGAUCCGAGCGACACCGCAAUCGGGAUCGCCUCGCCGCUGACCAGUGUGCACGACCGCGACUACAUCGGGUCCGUGCUGAUCCCGCCUUUUAGGAAGGUCGACAGCCUUUUUCCGCCAGGCAGGGGUGUGGAUGCGUUCCUGGUCCAGAAGGACCCGCUCUCUGCUCAGCAGCACCUGUACAAGGACCUUCAUGAAGCGCUUGACGACGGCUUUUGGAAGGGGGUUCGACGAUUGCUGACGCACUGGUAA